UUAUAUUGGAAAUGGUUAUUCAAAGAAGUUGGAAAAUUCUAAGCGAAAGCGGUUCUACCUCAGCUUCGUCGACAGAAGCUAAUCGAUCUCCUACAGGACUAAAUUCCUCGUCCGAUGAUUCCAAUUGUUCAAAUCAGACAACUCAUUCAAUGGUUACAAGCGUAGCUAGUCCUGCAGCUACCUGCACAAAAGCCGAUGUUCCCUCUGUAGCCAUCACUUCAACUUGCUCAAUAGCUGAUACAAUGAAAUUUGUAACAACCCCUCAAAUGGCCGAGACUACGCUGCAAAAAUUACGGCAACGGUACAACUGCAGCAGUUCUAAUAGCACUGCAGCUGAGUCUGCUAUGCGCUCGCUGGAAUUGGUGCGUAUAGCAGUACAAAGUUCUUUUGAUAAGGAAAUUGACGAGUUAAUUAAAAAAUUUGUAGAGAAUUAUUUUAAACCAGCUUAUAAGAAUAUCAAGGAGAAUUUAGGUCAAGGUUCAGUAUCUGAAGAUGCAUUUCAGAAAAUGUCGUGCGCUUUGUUGGAAAAUGCGAAAUCUCAGUACAAAAUCUAUCGAUUUAAACCGCAGAAUGCAUUAGCGACUGUAAGUCCACAGUUAUUACCUUAUGACAACAAUAAUUUGCGUAUAGCGACUAAACGACCUGCGCCUACGAAACCUGCUGUUGCCGUUAUUGAAAUGCAGAAAAGAUUUUUUCCUGAUGAGAUGAUAAUACAACAGCUACAACAACAAAUAACCAAUAUUGUACCAUCUACAUCACAGAUCAGCGCUGUACAGAAUUCCAACUCCAAUAAUCAACAACAAUCAAAUUCUAAUGGUAUCGUACAACAACAAAAACUGAUGCCAAUGUCUCAGCCAACCAGAAGGCAAAUAUUCUGGAAUACGGCACACAUAUCAACCACCACCAAAUUUGUUUUAGACGUUCAAGCUAAUCAAGCAUUCGGCUUCGGCACAGACGGCAAGGAGCGUUUGGCUAGCAAGCAUCCUGAACUAAUACGUUACUUACCAGAUCAUGAAGAUCGCGAUUGGUUGGUAUCUCAGCAAAUAAUACCACAACAGAAUCGCAAUUCUCGAUUUUUAUUUUUAAUUUACGAUGAAGUCUGCCGUUUGUAUCAAACACAUGAAAUAUAUCGCAGUAAACCGAACAUUGAUUUAUCGCUAAUGAUGACCUUUAGCGUGGCCGACUUCAUAAUACAAAAAAUGAAAGUUUUCUUUGUCGAUUUGAACAUUAAAAGUCGGGGCUUGAUUAUCAAUUCAUAUUCGAUGACAGGCACUAAUACAAUGCAAGGUAACAGUCAUUUGCGAAAUGCCCUUCUGCAAGGGACGCAAACAGCAACGACAACUGUGGCGAGUAAUCAUUUGGCAGAUAAUUCUACUAUGCCGUCAGCUUCUUCAAGCAUUAGUUCAUCAGAUUCAUCGACCAUAUCAAAAAGCAAAUCCAGCACGUUAAGUUCAUCGCAUGCUACAUUAACGGCUCUUUUAAAUAAUCCUAACAUAAGCGAGAAAACGCUCGCAACUAAUUUAAACACAUCGACCCUACUAAACCAAUUAAAAAAAUAAUUUUUCAGUUGUAAUUUGAACAAAUUCUUAGCCUAAAAUGAGUAAUGGUUUUCUCUUUUUAGUUCAAAAACGUAUCUGACUAAGGGUAAUAUAUUUAAUUAUGUAUGCCGAUGUUUCUUUUAAAUUUCUGGACCAAAAUGACGCAAUAUACGAUUCAUUUAAUUUAGAAAAUUAAAUUAGUUUAGCAAUUGUAGAGAGUUGAAAAAAAUGAAUAAAUUAAAAAAAAAAUAAAGCAAUUCUGGUAUUUGAGUUUACUAUGUCAAAAUUAAUUUUUAUUUUCAACCCUUUAAAGUCGUCGCACAGUCGGUUCUUCCCUAUCAAUUUCAAUGCACCUAAGUACACUCUGUCUGUAGACUUUGACAAACGUGACAAUCUUCGUUUAGAAAGUUGCUUACAAUUCUCAAUCUUUGCGAACCGUGUUCAUAAAAAAGAUGUAUUAAUUAUAUAUUUUUUACUAGAAGCAAGGAAUUGCACAUAUAUUAAUUGAGUCUAGGAUGGCUUGUUGUGGCAAGCCGCAUAUUGAAAGAAAAUAUCAACCAAAUUACCGGAGUAAACCGCUUACACCGAAGUUUUACGCUCGCCAUGAUACCGAAAUAAAAGCACAAGAGAAUAUCCCAAUUUAUGAAAAGGAAUUAACCAGGCGUUGCAAAUACGAUCCUCGCAA